AUGACUCAUUAUAGUAAACAUGGUAAUUUAUAUUUUGCAUUUUAGAUCCUAGUGGUUAAUGGUCAAGAUUGAUCGAAAGGUAAAGAAUACAACAAGAAAUGUAAGAAAAGUAAGAAAAAGAAGAAUAAGAAAAUAGAAAGCGGUUAUAUAGGUAUUAUAAUUCAAAUGAAAAUAGAGAAGAAUUGGAAAGAUUGAUUAAUGAAUAGAAAUAAUCUACAAUUUAAAAAACUAAAUACGAUAGUGAAUUUGCUGGAGCUAUGCAGAAAUUCUUACAUUAAAGAGACAGUGUUGAAUAAUUGAAAUUAUAGGAACUUAAAUAAAAACAAUCUGAAUUUAUAAGAUAUAGUCUAGAAUAAGAAUAAAUAAAGAAAGAAUAAUAAGUAUCUCUAUUUUUAUUAUUUUAAAGCGACUCAACUUUCUUUAAGAUAGAUAAUAACAAUUUUAAAUUGGAAUAAUGAUGGAUUAAGCAGAAAAAAAGGACAUUUAUUUAAAAUAAUAAAAAAAAGAAUAAGUUCAAAAAGAUUUAGCAUAAUCUUAUCUUUAAUAAGAAGAAUAAAAAAAAAUGGAAUAAUAUUUGUCUAGAUAAAGAGAAUAAUAGCUACUUUAAGAAUAAUUAUAAAGAAGUCAAAAAGAAGAAGAGUAAAGAUUAUUAGUAAUCAUCUAUUAUUAUAAAUUAGCAUCUUAGUAAAAUCAAAUAUGGAUAUCAUUAAAAUGAAAAUGUACUUCAGAAAUAUAAUGAUCUUUAUUUANUUUAUUAUGUGA